AUGCUGAGAAUCGUUGUUUUCGCCUCACUUGUGAUCGCUGUGCUUGGAAAUGAAGCUGCUUCUGGACAGUUUCCCCAUCACGCUUCCUGGAGAGACAUCGAGAACAAUCGUCACUUCUGUGGUGGAAUCCUGGUCAAUAAUCGCUGGAUUGUGUCAAGUGGUGAGUGUACACUGUGGAUAUCUGCAGACAACAGUUUCAUUGUCCUAGGAGCGCUGUCCAGAACAACCGGAGGCACAAAAUACGAUAUUUUGAGGAUUAUUGUCCAUCCCCAUUUUGACUCAACCGUACUGCACAAUGAUGUCUCCCUUGUGCAAACUGUCGAUGAAAUUAUCUUCACAAAUAACAUUAAACCGAUCACCUUGGGAUCUGUCUUUGUUGGAGGAGGAGUUUCUGCGCUGUUUUCUGGAUACGCAACUGAUAUUGACGCACUCCAGUUCACGCGUGUCACUACUCUUACAAAUAAUGAGUGUGCUGUAAGAUUGGGUCCUAGUGGACUUUUCUUCUCUGCUCAUAAGAUCUGCAGUGUCAUCGACGAAGGUAAUUUAUGCAUCAUGGAGCGAGGAGGAGCGAUGAUAGUGGCUAACCAAGCUGUAGCGAUUGGUUCUAUGUUUGGUAGAGGCUGUUUCCAUUCUACCUUUCCUGAACUCUAUGAAAGAGUUUCCGACCACAGGAAUUGGAUUCCAAUGCCCCAGGAAACGAUACCAAUGGCCGAGUUUCCGGCUGCCAUGGGUCCUCCGGAGUCCAUAGCGCACGCCCCACGACCGACCAUUCCAGCGUUGCAGAUCUUGUGGUCGAAGAUCAGAUGUCCACUAUUGGCGGCCAAGGGACCUCCAACUGCUGUUACUCCCCAGCCAGACACCACAGCAGGAACUCCCCCGCCCACAAACACCGAUCCGAGCGCGAUCGACAUCGAAAGCAAUGGUGUUGGCGUUGUACUGCGGAUGGUUAACAAUCCGAGCUGUGGCGAAGGAAGUUCCUCCAGUGGUCCUGGAGUGAGCUCCCAGGACUCUGUGGCUUUGGGAAAAGCUUUUCCCACUCCUCAUGACUUCAUCUCUGGCAAUGUCUUCCCUCCCGGCAUUGGCAGUCGCGUUGUGGGCGGAAGCACUGCCUCUCCUGGUCAGUUUCCCUACCAAGCUUCCCUGAGAUUCUUGCGGACUCAAGAGCACUUCUGCGGUGCUGUCCUGGUCAACAAUCUGUGGCUUCUCUGCGCUGCUCAUUGCACACAGUUUCCCGCCAGUGAUUUCUACCUUCUCCUGGGCGCACACUUCAGGGCCUCCGGCACUCGCUAUGACAUCGCCCAGAUAGUCAAUCAUCCUCAGUACAACGCCAACACCAUUGCUUUCGACGUCUCCGUCAUCCGGACGAUGAAUCCCGUCGCUUUCUCCAACACCAUCCAGCCAAUCCCCAUGGGAUCUGCCUUCGUUGGCGGAGGCGUGACUGCUGUGCUCUCCGGAUGGGGCCUUACUUCCUCCCCUGGAAGCCUGGCAGCCGAGCUGCAAUUCCUCAAUGUGCAGACGCACACGAAUGACGAGUGCAGGAGUCGCAUGGGAGGCAAUGCGAACAUGAUCUUCGACCACAAGAUUUGCGCCGGAGGAGUUCAGGGGCAGGGAGCGUGCUCUGCGGACUCUGGAGGUCCUUUGGCUGUGGGAAAUACAGUGAUUGGUAUCGUUUCCUGGGGCAUUCCAUGUGCCAGAGGUUUUCCCGAUGCCUACGACCGAGUUUCCUACCACAGAAGCUGGUUCUUGCAGUACAUUGAGAGUAAUUAA